AUGCCGGCACGACAAGCGUUAGGCAAGCGGAAGGAACCGCAGGCGGAAGCCCCUGUGCCCGUCGAUGACGAAUUUGGCAAUGCAACAUUGGAGGGCGUCCUGUCUCAAAGCGAGGAUGAUUCCGACUACGAAGAAACCUCUGGGUCUGACGGCGACGACAAUGGCCUGAAUGGCGAACUGUCAGAGGACGAGGAUGACGAGGAGGACAUCUUGAGUGACGACAUUCCCUCUGACGCCGAUGACGAAGAAAUUGCCUCGAAACUCAAGUCGACGAACCUUGACAAGGACUCUGCCGCCACUACCGUUGGCGACGAUGACGACCAGCCCAACUACAGGGUCGUCAAGGACGCCAAUGGCAACGAGCGCUACGAGUAUGACGAGAUCGAUGCCGACUACGACUCCGACGACACCGAUGCCCAGGAGCCUGUCAACACCAUCGGCAACAUCCCUCUGUCUUUCUACGAUUCCUACCCUCACAUCGGAUACGACAUCAAUGGCAAGAAGAUCAUGCGCCCUGCCACCGGCGAGGCAUUGGAUGCCCUGCUCGAGACCAUUGAGAUCCCCAAGGGUUGGACCGGCUUGACGGAUCCCCAGACGGGCAAGCCUCUCAACCUCACCCAGGACGAGCUCGAGCUUUUGCGCCGCGUCCAGAUGAACGAGAUUCCCGAGGAAGGCUACGACCCCUACCCUGAAAUGGUCCACUGGUUCACCGCACACGAGGAGAAGAUGCCCCUGAGCGCGGCGCCCGAGCCGAAACGCCGCUUCGUCCCCUCCAAGCACGAGGCUAAGAGGAUCGCCAAGCUCGUCAAGGCCAUCAAGGAGGGACGCAUCCUGCCCUACAAGCCGCCCGAAGAGAGGGAGAAGGAGGAAGCCGAGAAGGAAGAGAACUACUACGACAUCUGGGCCAACGAGGAGGAGCGCCCGCCGCACGUCAUGAACAUCCCGGCGCCCAAGCUCCCGCCUCCUGGCUACGACCUCAGCUACAACCCUCCCCCGAAAGCCGAGAAGGAGGAGUGGGAGAAGGCGGAUCCCGAGGACAGAGAGAAGGAGUACAUGCCCGCCAAGUUUGAUUCGCUGCGCAAAGUCCCCGCCUACGGCGAGUUCGUCAAGGAGCGCUUCGAGCGCUGCCUCGACCUCUACUUGGCUCCUCGCGUGCGCAAGAACAGGCUCAACAUCGACCCCGCGUCGCUUCUUCCCAAGCUGCCCCGUCCCGAGGAGCUCAGACCCUUCCCCACGGCCUGCCAGACCGUCUUCCGAGGCCACGAAGGCCGCGUACGGUCUUCCGCCAUCAGCCCUGAUGGCGAGUGGCUUGCAAGUGGUGGUGAUGACGGUACUGUGCGCCUGUGGCACCUCCGUACCGGUCGCCAGGAGUGGAUGGCCAAGCUUAGCCUUGACGAGGCCGUGAACGUCGUCCGCUGGCGCCCAAACAAGGAGACCUUCAUCCUGGCAGCCGCUGCUGGCGAGGAUCUCUUCUUCGCGGUCCCUCCUCGUGGUGCUGAUGGCAUUGACAAGGCCAGCCGUGACAUUCUCGACGCUGGUUUCGGUUACGCUACGCAAAACCCUCAGCCAACGGCCCCAGUUACCAAGGAGCACCCUGGCAAGUGGGCGAGACCUGGCUCAAAGCUCGAGGCUGCCGGUGUCUUGCUCAAGGCCACUGUCAGAUCCGUCAUCAAGGUCAUUAGCUGGCACAGACGUGGUGACUUCCUCAGCACUGUCUCUCCCAACGGCCAGCGCAGCGCCGUCGCCAUCCACACCCUGUCGAAGCAUCUGACUCAGAUUCCCUUCCGCAAGCUGCCCGGCCUCGCCCAGACGGCCCAGUUCCACCCUUCGCGACCCCUCUUUUUCGUUGCGACCCAGCGCAUGAUUCGCUGCUACGAUCUCCAGAGACAGGAGCUGGUCAAGGUCAUCCAGCCCGGUGCCCGCUGGAUUUCGUCCUUCGACGUCCACUCGGGCGGUGACAACAUCGUCGUGGGAUCCUACGACAGACGUCUGCUCUGGCACGACCUCGACCUCUCCAACCGCCCCUUCAAGACGAUGCGCUUCCACUCGGAGGCCAUUCGUGCCGUAAAGUACCACCGCAGCUUCCCCCUGUUCGCCGACGCCAGUGACGACGGCACUCUGCAGAUCUUCCACGGAAAGGUUGUCAGCGAUCUCAUGGAGAACCCGACCAUCGUACCCGUCAAGAUGCUCAAGGGCCACAAGAUCGUCAACAAGCUCGGUGUCCUGGACGUGGACUGGCACCCUACGGAGCCCUGGUGCGUGAGUGCCGGCGCCGACGGCACAUGUAUCCUCUGGACCUGA